AUGGUCGACUUUCAAAAGCAUUUGAGGUUUCUGGAAAUCAAAGUAGAAGACAGGCAUACGCUAAGUUUUCUACGUAAUCCAGAUUUACUACCCAUCGAGAAGAAGAAUCAGACAUGGGGGUUUUGGUCUAACUUUGCCUACUGGGGGGUGCUGUCCUUCUCUGUCGGGACGUGGAUGAGCGCAUCCUCCGCACUGUCCGUCGGUUUAUCGUACCCUGAAACCAUUGGUACAUUUAUCAUCGGUGAUGUGCUGACCAUCUUCUUCACACUUGCCAACUCGUACCCAGGUUACGACUGGAAAAUCGGUUACACUUUGACCCAGAGAUUCGUCUUUGGUAUCUACGGUUCCGGGUUUGGUAUUUUGAUUAGAAUCCUCAUGAGUAUUGUCAACUAUGCAUCUACAGCUUGGUUGGGUGGGCUAUGUCUAAAUAUGGUUUUCGACUCCUGGUCACACCAUUACUUGCAUUUGCCAAACACUCUAAGCCACAAGGUCGCAAUGACCACCAAAGAGCUGAUUGGGUUUGUCCUUUUCCACAUUAUCACCGUCUUCUGCUAUUUGCUAAAGCCAUACCAAAUCAACAAGAUCAUGAUCAUUUCCUGUAUUGCUACAUGUUUUUCCAUGAUUGGUAUCGUCGGUUACCUAUGCCGUGCAAACGGCGGUGUUGGUGAAUUGUUCACCUCCACCAAAUCGACAGCCACGGGGUCCACCAAGGCAUGGGCCUGGAUUUAUAUGAUCUCUUACUGGUUCGGGUCCGUCUCCCCUGGUUCGACCAACCAGAGUGAUUACUCGCGUUUUGGGAGCUCCCAAACAGCCAUCUGGCUCGGUACCAUCUGUGCAUUGUUGAUCCCGACCACUUUGAUCCCAGUCUUCGGUGUCAUUGGGGCCUCUACGUGUCAGGAUCUGUACGGUACCCCAUUCUGGAUGCCCACUGAAAUCUUCGACUACUGGCUGAAGGACGGCUACUCAUCUGGUGCUCGUGCGGGUGCCUUUUUCUGUGGUGUCUCCUUCACGCUAUCUCAAAUGUCCUUUGCUAUCUCCAACGCCGGGUUUGCCAGUGGUAUGGAUUUGGCCGGUGUGUUGCCAAAAUACAUUAACAUCAGAAGGGGUGCCAUUUUCACCGCCGUCAUUUCCGUCGCUUUACAACCAUGGAACUUUUACAAUUCUUCUUCCACUUUCUUGACCGUGAUGAGUGCCUUCGGUAUUGUUAUGACACCCAUCAUUGCGGUUUUGAUUUGUGACAAUUUCAUCAUUAGAAAGAGACAGUACUCUGUGACACAAGGUUUUGUCUUGAAGGGUGAGUACUACUUCAACAAGGGUGUUAACUGGAGAGCUAUGGUUGCCUGGAUAUUCGGUAUGACUCCAGGUCUACCAGGUAUUGCUUGGGAAGUCAACAACAACUACUUCCACAACAAGGGUAUUGUGAAUUUCUUCUACGGUGAUUCUUUCUUUGCCUUUGCCAUUUCGUUCUUUCUAUACUGGGCUCUGUGCUACGUGUUCCCUUUCAAGAUUGACAUCUUGCACGAUGACAUGGACUACUUCGAUGCCUUCACUGAUGAAGAGGCCGAAGAGAAGGGAAUGAUACCGUUCAGCCAAAUCACUCCAGAGAUGAUCUCCAACCAUAUCAUGUUCAAGGAAGACAAAUCUGCGACAGACGGGUCCGAAAUUGACAGCACUGCGUCUGCCUCCUCGAGUAUCGAGAUCGUUCACGAGACAAACGUCGAAUCCAAGUCCGCCAACGGAGAUUCUGAUCAAAAAGAGGAAUCAUCCACUCAUUCAGAGCCUGAGAAAUCUAAUUUCUUGACCAGCUUCGUGAAGAAAUACAACUUCAAAUAG